AGGACUGCUUGCUUCAGUCAGUCGCUACUGAGGCCUAAACGCCACCAUACGCUGUGACAUCGUAAAGCUCACGCUCUCGCUCUGCAGAAACAUAACGUGCUGAUUAAGUUAGUUCAAAUGCUUCUCCGGCGUCUCUUGCUCGCUCUCCAUGCUGUCGCCAUGCCAACGAUCAAGUCCCCCGACUCGCCUCUUAUCUCGUUGCUCCGCGGCAACCGCUGGUCGUUCUUCGUCGCCAUCUCCGCCCUCAGCUGCUUCCUCGUCCCUUCCUUCUUCGUUUCCGGCCGCUUCCGCUCUCACAUCGAUUUGUUGAUUUCCCCAAUCAGCAAUCGAAAUUCAGCUGCCGUACCGUUUGAAACGAAACCUAUUGGACGCGAGCUUACUAAAGACGGGCACUUCCCGCCAUGUCCGUCCAACUGGACGCACCAUAUCCCGUGCUACGAUCCAAACAUCGCCGCCCAGUUCCCCUUCGCAGACAACGUUUUCCGCGAGAGACACUGUCCGCCCCCUUCCGACCGGCCGCGCUGCCUAAUCCCCCCUCCGCCCGGCUACGAGCGCACGCUCCCGUGGCCGGAGAGCCUGUGGAAGGUGUGGCGCAGCAACGUGCCGCACUCCACCAUGCUCAAGGACGCGCGGAACGUGCGCUGGAUGGAGAUGCGCGGCUCCGCGUGGCGCUUCCCCGGCGGCAUGACGGCCAUGCCCGGGGACGACGGCGCGGAGCGGUACGUGGCGCAGCUGCGCCACUUCAUCCCCUUCGGCUCGCGCCUGCGCACGGCGCUCGACAUCGGGUCCGGCGUGGGGGGCGUCGCGGCGGAGCUGCUCCGCCAGGGCAUGCUCACCAUGUCGCUCGCCCCCCGCGACGGCUACCGCGGGCAGGUGCAGUUUGCGCUCGAGCGCGGGCUGCCUGCGCUGGUGGGGAUCCUCGCGACGCUCCGCCUGCCGUUCCCGUCGCUGGCGUUCGACCUCGUGCACUGCUCGCACUGCCAAGUCCUCUUCGCCCUCCCCAACGGCACGCACCUGUACGAGGUGGACCGCCUGCUGCGCCCGGGGGGCUUCUUCGUGCUGGCGGGCCCGCCCGUGCACUGGCCGGGCAGGGCGGAGGAAUGGCGCGCGCUGCACGCCAAGGCGCGCGCGCUGUGCUGGCGGCUGGUGCUGCUGGUGCCGCACGUGGCCAUCUGGCGGAAAAGCAGGGGGGAAGGGGUGAUACGGGAGGAGGAGGCGGCUCCAGGGGCAGAGGAGACGGGUGCACUGCUGUGCGCGGAGGAUGAUGAUCCCGAUGCCACUUGGUACUCCCCCAUGCAGCCGUGCGCCAUCCGCCCUCCCCCUCCCGCCUGGAGCCUCCCCCCGUGGCCGCAGCGCCUGUGGUUCGCCUCCCCCCGAAUCUACGGCUCCCUCCCAGUGCGCUCCCCCCCUGGUGCGCAGUCCCACGCGCUGGAGGGGGAAGCUGGGCAAGUGGGGGUGGGGGGGGGGACGGGGAAGGGGAGGACGGAGAAUGGCAAGGGGAGGAAAGGUAGGGGGAGGGAAGGAAAGGGGAAUGGUGAGAAGGGAGGUGCAGCGGUGGGGGCCGAGGAAACCACAGAGGAGGAGAGGGGGAGGAAAGAAGGCGAGGAUAAGGCAGAGCAGCAAUUGCGGGGGAGGAGUGAGGAUGAGGCUCCUGCUGACGGUGGUAAGCGCCGGUUGCAAAGUGCUGAUGGUGAUGGUGAUGCUGAUGGCGAUGGCGAUGGUGCCGCUUCUGGUGAAGAGAUGGGUGCGGCUCACACUCCCAGCAGCAGCGCUGGCGAUAGCAGGGGAGCCCAUGGGGCAGGCACAGAGGCCACAGGUACAGACAAGGGCGAGCAGAGGGCGGAAGCUGACACGGCAAGCAGCGUGGCAGAUGCAGACCCUGCAGCAGCUGCAGCAGCGGCAGCAGCACGUGAUGCAGAAGGGAGCGAGGCAGUGCGAGAUCAGCAGCAGGAGGGCAUUCGAGAGGCGCUGAGGGCGGAGCAGCGCAAGUCGCUGGUGAACUCCGCCACGGGGCAGUACAGCAAGAAGCACGCCAUGGCGCUGGCCGCCCUCUCGCCCCACCAGAAGCGCCUCAACAUGGAGGCGCGCCGCUGGGGGCUGCGCCUCGCGCACUACGACGCGCUUGUGCUGGACCGUGUCCUGGGGCGGCAGACCAAGAAGAAGAAGCGAGGGGAUGGCGGGGAGGGGGACGGUGGGGAGGCGAAAGGGGAGAGGGGCGAGGGGGGCGGGAAGGGGAGGGAGGAGAGCAGGCCUGGGCGGGUGCGCAACGUGCUGGAUAUGAAUGCGGGCGUGGGGGGGUUUGCGGCGGCGCUGCGGGCGAGGGAGGAGGACGGGGAGGAGGUGGUGUGGGUGAUGAACGUGGUGCCGGUGACCAGCCGCUACAACACCCUGCCCGCCAUAUUCGACCGUGGGCUGCUGGGCACGGUGCACGACUGGUGCGAGGGGUUCGCGUCGUACCCCCGCACUUACGACCUUGUGCACUGGCAGGGCGUCUCGUCGUCCGUCGCCCUGGACAGGUGUGACAUAGAAGACGUGAUUAUAGAGGUGGAUCGCCUGCUGAGGCCCGGGGGCACUGUGAUUGUGAGAGACGUGCCGGCGGCGCUGGAGGGGGUGCAGCGAGCCGCGAGAGCAGCGCAGUGGGCGGUGGAGGUGCACCCACCAGAGAAGGGCACCAGCCGAGAGCAGGUGCUCGUGGUGCACAAGCCCCUCUGGAAGGUGGAUGCCAGGGGGCGCAUUGAGAUUCUAGAAACGGAUUCUAGGUAGAAUGAGUACAAGGGAAAUGAAAGGGAAAUGAAAGGGAAAUGAAAGGGAAAUGAAAGGGAAAUAAAAGGGAAGUAAAAGGUGCUGCCUAAGUCGGUUUUCCCUGUGAGAAAAAACUCCAUUCUGGGUGGUUUCCCUUCUGAGGAAAAGCUCCGUUGCCGGGAUUUGAACCCGG